AUGAUCACGGUAAACAUCUUUGCUAUCGUGCUUAUGGGCUCAUAUCUUAUAUUUUACUAUUUCAUGACCCAGAAGAAGUUGUGGAUCUCGAUUGAAAUCAGUGCUGUGAUAUUUCUGAUAUCGAUAAUGCUUUUCUUGGUGCAGUUAUACGGGCAUGACAUUAUUCAUCCACUCGGUUUUACGUGUAUGACCUUCAACAUAUUGAACUUCGGUGCACCACUUGCUGGACUUAAAGUGGUAUUACGGCAACGCAGCUGCGAGACUUUACCAUUACCGUUGUGCAUAGCCAAUUUUCUAGUUUCAAGUCAGUGGGCGUUGUACGGUGCUUUGGUAUCCGAUGUCUACAUUAUCGUUAGUUUUUCACUUUUUCGUGCUGUGUUACCGUAG